GAGAUUUUCUGUCGUCGAAUGAAGGUAAUUUGAAGGAAAGAAAAGAGGACAUUCGCAGUCGAAAAAAGUGAGACCAGCUUUGUAGACUUUGGAGAGCUUCGUCUAAUGCCCCACCAUCCCCUGGCCCUAACCCUUGUUCCGGUCUGUUCUCGUCCACUGGACUUCCCUCCUCUUUCUCCUCCUCUGCUGCCCUCCUCCCCUUCUUAACCCUUCUUAACCCUUCAUCGCCCCUCUCUCCGCCUAUUCUCCUCCUCCUCCUUGUCAUCCCACUCGAGUCCCACAAAGGGUCUUCCCGCCCAUCCCAAUAUAUUACUCUUUCUCCUUUACCUUUCUCGGAGAAGGUGGACGACCAUAGAUUACCCGUUUUCUCCAGAUAGAUAAAGCGCAGAGAGCCCUUGCCGAUACACAACCAAUCACACAUCUGAGCAUUCACUCACCAUGGCAUCCAUAGCCCACACCCUCACUCGUGCUUCGAGGAAAGCAUCCUUCACCUUCACUCCCCUCCGCCGUAAUCUCACAACGGCAACUCGUACCCGCCCAACUGCCUCUAUCGCCACACCCAUUAGACAGACUGGCCGCCGUGGAUAUGCUUCAGGCGGUUCAACGAGCGGGGGUUCUAGCAAGAUUGUCAUCCCCUUGGGUCUUGGUUUGAUUGGUGCUGCGGGUUACUAUGCUUACUCCAAUGAUCUUCUCCCCCCCGCAUUUUCCGGCGCCCAGGCCUCUGGCUUAAAGACUGGUGGUGCAUUCACCCCCACUAAGGAUGACUUCCAGAGGGUCUAUAACGAUGUCGCGGAGCUCUUGGAGAAUAAUGAUUACGACGAUGGUUCCUACGGGCCUGUAUGUAUCCCAAUUUUAAUUCCCGUUAACAUCUAUCGUCCGGUAAUUGACAAUGAUGUUGUAAAAAGGUAGUAGUCCGCCUUGGGUGGCACGCAUCUGGAACCUAUGAUAAGGAGACCAAGACUGGAGGUUCCAAUGGAGCCACCAUGCGUUUCGCCCCCGAGUCGGAACAUGGUGCAAAUGCUGGUUUGAAGACCGCUCGUGACCUUCUCGAAGGUGUUAAGCAGAAACACUCCUGGAUCACGUACUCCGACCUCUGGACUCUUGCUGCCGUUGCGGCAAUUCAGGAGAUGGGUGGCCCCAAGAUUCCGUGGAGGCCAGGACGUAAGGAUGGUGACGUAUCUGCUUGCACUCCCGAUGGUCGUCUUCCCGACGGGUCCAAGGACCAGAAGCACCUCAGAACCAUCUUCAAUCGUAUGGGCUUCAACGAUCAAGAGAUUGUCGCUUUGUCAGGCGCCCACGCUCUUGGUAGAUGCCACACCGAUCGUUCUGGCUUUGUUGGUACGUUGUCCACCCACCCUAGCGGUAUGAUUAUAAGCUACGGGGCUAACGUGUUGUUACACUUAUAGGCCCCUGGACUUUCUCUCCAACGAUGUUAACAAACGAUUACUACAAACUCCUGCUUGAGGAGAAGUGGGCCUGGAAGAAGUGGAAUGGACCAAAGCAAUUUGAGGACGUCUCGACCAAAUCCCUUAUGAUGCUUCCAACCGACAUGGCACUCAUCAAAGAUAAAGAAUUCAGGAAGCACGUUGAGAGGUACGCCAAGGAUAACGACCUCUUCUUCAAGGACUUUGCGGACGUCUUUGGGAGGCUGCUCGAGCUCGGUGUUCCUUUCGAUAAGGAGGAGAAGUUUAUCUUCAAGGCCACCACCGAUUAGGCACUGUUAUCAGGAUUGGGGUGGAUGAAUGGUUUGUGGGGGGAGAAAGGGGGUUUCAGUGGCAGUGAUACCAUUUUCCUCCUAAUCUAGUCUCUUUCAAAUUUCGGUAUACUUCAUGGCGUUAUAGCAUUCGAUGAAAGUUCUCUUCCCUUCAAUUUUGAUUAUUCUUUCUUCUUUCCUUUUUAUUAGCAAGUUUCUGUCUUGAUUAGGACGAACAAAUGAAAAGAAGGAACGGGGAGCUCCUAAAGCCCAAUUCCAGAUUACUGU